AUGGCGCUCACCAGAGGCUUGUCCUCCUAUCUCGUCACACCGAAGGAGCUUCACGAAGCUCUGAGGAAGAAUCCUCCAUCGCCAAUCAGCACCGAUCCUCGAGUGAUUCCUCUGUGUGCGUCCUGGUUCUUGCCCAACGAUGAACGGUCUGGUAUCCAAGUCUUUAGAGAGCAGCGCAUUCCCAAGGCUCGCUUCUUCGACCUAGACAAAGCUAUUGACAAGCGGAGCCCCUACCCGCACAUGCUUCCCGACGCCAAGGGGUUCGCGGCUGCCCUGAGUGAGUUGGGCAUUCGGAGAGAGGAUACUGUGGUCGUAUACGACUCGAAAGAGCUGGGCAUCUUUAGUGCCCCCAGAGUCGGUUGGACCUUCAAGGUCUUUGGACAUCCCAACGUGCAUAUUCUCAACAACUUCAGGCUGUGGGUCGAACAGGGCUUGCCCACCGAGUCGGGAGAGCUUUACAGUGUGGAAUGUUGCCAGUAUCCGAUCCCCCAGCUUGAUGAGAGCAAGGUGGCGAGCUUUGAGCAGGUCAAGGAGGUUGCUCUAGACUUCAACAAGGAGGGCGCGGAGGGUAUUCAAGUCCUUGAUGCCCGGCCGAGCGGACGGUUCACGGGCAAAGAUCCUGAGCCGCGAGAGGGUCUCUCCUCGGGACAUCUUCCUGGUUCCAUCAACUUACCGUUCAGUGCUCUGCUGGAUCCCGAAACGAAAGCCUUCCCGUCGCCAAAGACAUUACGAAGCAUACUGCAAGAAAAGGGCGUCGAUCCUACCAAGCCCAUCAUUUCGAGCUGUGGCACCGGCGUCACUGCUUGUAUUAUCGAGACGGCUUUGGAGGUUGCAAGGUACGGCUCACCCGAGUCGCGGAAGGUGUACGAUGGGAGCUGGACGUGA